CUCUGACUGCGCCACGUGGCACCCAAAAACCUUUCCACGUUCUCCCGAGUUGUCUUGCCCGGGUGGUGUGAGUGAGAGAAACCCAAACUAGUCUCAAAAUCCCACCAAAAAAGCCGUCGGGGAUCCGAAACUUCUGCGUUCGUUUACAUUUUCUUGUUCUAAAGCUCACACUCAAGCUGAAAACCAGGGCACUCCACACAGUUCAUAAAACCACCCAAUAGAUAGAAAUAUUAAGGUCCCAAAAAAAAAAAAAAGUACAUCAAUUUGUUUAUCUGUUUUUCUCUCGUUUUGGGUAAAAUAUCAUUGGAUUGAGAUCUGAAAGAAAGAAAGAGAGCUGAAAUGGGGAGGGAUUAUUUGGCCAUGAAAACGGACCCAGCCACGGCUGAUUUGAUAAAUUCUGAUAUCAACGAGCUGAAGAUCGCUGCCCAGAGGCUGAUCAAUGACGCCACUAAACUUGGUGGAUUGGGAUUUGGCACUGUUUUUCUCAAAUGGGUCGCUUCUUUUGCUGCCAUUUAUUUGUUGAUAUUGGAUCGAACAAACUGGAGGUCAAACAUGCUGACUUCGCUUUUGAUUCCCUACAUUUUCUUCAGUCUUCCCUCAGUGCUGUUUCACUUUCUGAGAGGAGAGGUUGGAAAAUGGAUAACUUUUAUUGCAGUUGUGCUAAGGCUUUUCUUCCCUCGACAUUUCCCAGAUUGGUUGGAGAUGCCGGGAUCCUUGAUUCUUCUUCUGGUUGUGGCUCCAAGCUUUUUCGCGCACACAUUGAGGGACAGUUGGGUUGGCGUCGUGAUAUGUCUCCUCAUCGGCUGCUACCUUCUGCAACAGCACAUCCGGGCGUCUGGUGGCUUCAGAAACUCCUUCACAGAAAGCAAUGGAAUUUCAAACACGGUUGGCAUUAUUCUUCUCUUGGUCUACCCUGUCUGGGCUCUGGUCCUCCAUUUUGUCUAGGGGGGUUUUGCCUUUGUUAUGGUAGGCUGCUUCUGGAACUGUUAUGUUUUCAAAAUGUAUCCUCCAAAUGGCAAA